AUGAGCUUUGAAAAUGAAGAUCAGAGCUUGUUGGAUCAGGCAACUGAUCAAGGAUUGCAAAAGAAGUUAAAAAUUUCUUACACUAGGGAAUUUUUGUUAUCGCUAAGUGAAUUGGAUAUAUGCCGACAGUUGCCUAGCGGGUUUGAUCAAUCGCUUUUAAGUGAAUUUGAAGAUGCUUCUCAAGAUAGGCAGAGAAUUUCAGGCGGUUUGUCAAUGCAUAGCUUUAGACGUAAUGAAUAUGGUUCAUCUCCUCCAACCAGAGGGGAUAGCUUUCCGCGGGGAAUCCAUGGAAAAUGGGAGACUCGAACUUCUGCUCGGUCCGAUAAAGAGAGUGAUUCUCAAUCUGAAUGGGAUUCAGAUUCUUCAAAACGUUUUGGCAACCAGUCUCGGAGAUCUUGGCAAGGUCCUGAGCAUGAUGGGCUUCUAGGUAGUGGCUCUUUUCCUCGGCCCUCUGGGUAUACCCCUGGGUUGUCUGCUCCAAAACUUCGAGCUAAUGACAACUACCAGCUAAAUCGGUCUAAUGAGCCAUAUCAUCCUCCACGCCCUUACAAGGCACCUCACUCACGUCGGGAGACUAAUGACUCUUAUAAUGAUGAAACAUUUGGUUCUUUGGAGUGUACAAGUGAAGACAGGGCUGAAGAGGAAAGAAAAAGAAGAGCUUCUUUUGAAUUGAUGAGAAAGGAACAACAUAAAGCUUUCCAAGACAAGCAUAAGUUGAACCCGGACAAGAAUAACAAUGAUUUUGACAUAACAUCACUUGUUGAAGACGAUGAGAAAAAGCCAGUUAAUAGGAGCAAUGAGUCUGUGGAGCCUCACGUGACACUAACAGCUUUAAGCAAUGAUGAGAAAUCGUCUUCCCUAUCACAGACUCCUUCAUCAGCUAGACCACUUGUACCCCCUGGUUUUGCAAGUACAAAAUUGGAACGUAAUUUGGCAACCAAAACAUCCCUUAGUACUCAUUCAACAGAGGCUGGACAACCUGCGCCAGGUGAUACUGGAGAAGUCUUGGAAGCAUCUCAACUUAAUGCUGAAGGAAAAGGAAAGGAGGCAAUUGGAACUUUCAAUCCAGACAAUUCAAACUCUAUCCUAUAUAAGCUUUUCGGUAAUGCUUCAGCAGUAGAUGGUGACAAAUCUACUAGUAUUAUUGAGCAGCCUGAUCAUAAAGCAGAUGUGACAUGGAGUCAACAUGCGUUCCAAUCGUCCAAGUUUGCUCAUUGGUUUGUUGAAGAUGAAAAAAAUCCAGUGGAUGACAUGACAAAUAGGCCAAAUGAUUUGCUCUCUCUUAUUGUUGGUGGUGAAAAGGGGGGUUUGCAGACUUCUAAUAUAGAAACAACUGAGCAUAUUGGAUCCAAUUUUUCUUUCCUAAAUUCUGAACCAAUUAGUGAGCAUAUGGCAUCAAAUGCAGCACAUAACAUUAUUAAUAACUCGGGGGUAUUUUCCAAGAGUGAUAAACCUGAGGUUUCACCAGCAGUUCUUACAUGUGAAGAUCUGGAACAGUCAAUUUUGUCACAAGUUAGCGAAAAUGGAUCAUCCCGGAAGCAGCCCAUUCAGGACGAAGAUCUUGAUGCAAAAACUGAGCAGUCUACUUCAAUUGAUAAUCAUGCAUCCCAACACCUCCUUUCUUUGUUACAGAAAGGAACCUCCUACAAUGAUACGGAAUUAUCAUCUAUUCUAGAUUCUACAAACAAGGUGCCUAAUAUUGAUGGAGUCACUACCAACAAUGAUCUUGAUAAUCCUAGAGAAGAAAAUGCUGACGUUUCCAAUUCAUCGAAGACAUUGACACUGGAAACACUUUUUGGGUCGGCUUUUAUGAAGGAGCUUCAAUCCGUUGGAGCACCCCUUUCUGUUCAAAGGGGUUCAGUUGGAUCUGCAGGGGCUGAUGUUUCAGAGUCUCUUCUGUUUCCUUUCCCUACCUCUGACAAUGUUCACCCUGCCACUGGUGAACAUAUCCUGAACAGGCAUGGAAGUGGUGUCCUGCCUCUAGAACAAACAAAUCAACCCAAAACUAAUAGAUUUGAUGAGCAGUGGUUAGGCUUUUCUGAUUCCCAGGGAGAUGUUAAUUCAUCAUUGCUUCAUAGUGAGCUUUCCAAAGCUGGUUUCAAAGGACCGCUUGAUAUUCACCUUCCAGAAGAAGAUAACUUGAUUACAGUUAGUGAUCCUCUGCAAAACUUUUUAUCUGCUGGAAAUAUAGUUAAAACAGAUAUGUCCCAAGACACAACAGUCGACAUUACCAGAAAACUGGCAGCUCUGAAUCCUGCAUUUAGGGAUGACCGAUUUGUUACGAGAAAUCAUGAAGGCCCAGCAUACCCUCAUGGUGGUCCUUAUGAUAUGAGAGAACCUGGUAUUCCAUUUCAGAAUCUUAAUGUCCAACGAUCUCAACAGAUCCACCCUCAGUUGAAUCAUGGUGGCCCAAUGAAUCAUGGUGGAUCUCAACAGAUCCACCCCCAGUUGAAUCAACUGGAUAUUCAUUCUCCUCAUAUUAGUUCUUAUAUGAAGCUUCCAAAUCCUGAGGGCAUGAUUCGUCACAACUCACCACCAAAUCAUCAAUUUCCAGGAAAUAUGCUUCGUCCUCCUUUCCAUCAACCAAACAGUGGACUAGCAGGGUUUGAUCCUCCUGUUCAUCAUUCCAUGUUACAACAGAUGCACAUGCAAGGAAACCUUCCCCCACCUCAUCUAUUACGUGGAUUCCCAAGGGGUGCACCUAUGCCACCUCAUCCCAGCAAUCCAAUGACUGGCUUCAUGCAGGAACCAAACCCAGUGCAAGGCCAAGGCUUCCCAUUUAGUGGUCACCAGCAUCCUACUUUUGGUGGCCCUGGAAUACAAUUACAAGCUCCUGAUGUUGGUGGUGGAAGAAAUCAUCCAGAAGCACUUCAGAGGCUUUUUGAGAUGGAGCUCAGGUCAAACCCAAAGUCAAUCCAUGCUUCAGGUCACAGUCAGGGGAUGUAUGGUCAAGAGCUAGACUUGGGUUUUGGGUAUAGAUAG